CGAUCAGCGGUCAGAUCUCAUUCAUGAGCAUCAUCAUGUCUGUGUCUGUUCUGCUCUCAGCUCUGCUGCUGCUGGUCUCCACAGCCUCAGCUUCACACUACUAUGGAGGAACAAUGUCCUUCGACCCACGAAAGAAUCCUGAUGGAUCCUAUAGGGUGGAUAUCCGCUUCAAGGAGGCCUAUCAUAGCUGUGAUAUAGGUGAUUACUGGUAUUGCGGGUCUGGAAAUUGUGGCAGUAAAAGCACUUAUGUGAGCGGUCAUGUGGACGACAGUCCUAACGGUGGUAGCUGGUGCCAGACUGAGGGAGUGAUGAAAAGAUCCGUCUCCAACAACAGCCCAUUUCAGCUAUACAAAAGUAGCUGCUGCUGGAUCUUUAACACAAUCACAACUAGUGGAAACUGGAGACUUCUCACACAUAUUGACCUUGGAGAAAGAUCUGACACCUCUAAACCCAACAGAUCUCCAGUCGUCACCACACUUCCCAUUGUUAGAGUUCCUCAAAACUGCGCCAGGGACUACAAUCUUUUGUCCUGUGAUCCAGAUCAUGACCAGGUCAGGUGUAGAUAUGGAGUUUUCUCUGCAAAUGAGUGUGGAAUGUGCAACCAACAUGCUGGAUUCAGUUUGGACCAGAGCACCUGUACUCUGUCAUACUCUGCCAACACUACUCGUGGUGUUUAUGCAUUUGAGCUGGUCAUGGAGGACUAUCCCACCCAGAACAUAACUCUUUUAUUCAUCUGCAUUCUUACAAUUGUUCUGUAUUUCUUCAAGGUCCAAGAGCACAAGUGACCUGCACUAGGGACACAAUGUCUGUGUCAAUAGAAAGAGCCACUAUUUCAGGAAUUCAUGGAG